AAACCCGGAACCGGGGACUGAAAUGAGCUUCGUAUCCAGAUCCAGAAUACUGUUGCCUGUGUGCGUAUUUAUCCAUGACUAUUAGAACCAGGAGCCAGUAGUAUGAGAAUUUCUUCUUGUCGUUUAAGGAGCCGGAGAUCUGACCAGCGACACCAGGGGGACGCCUGGAUGUAGGGUUACUCCAGCCCUCCGUCCGGAAGGCACAAAGUGUGCCGAUGGACCUGGGGGACGAGGUGGCGAAGGCCCAGGCUCUGCUGCAGACCCACAGCCCCUCCUCUGUGGCGGCCAGCCUCGGCCUUGCCGUCUUCUGCGUCUGUGUAGACCGUCUCCUGCUGCUCUCGCUUGUCCAGCAGCACGCGUGGCUGCGCGCCGCAGUGGACAACGGCGCCCAUGGUGCCAUCGGCCUGUGGUCGUGGGCCAUCGUCGUCGGCCUGAGGACGUGGAGCGGCGUUUGGGAAUCAGUCCUUGCGGGCUGCCUGGCCUCGGCGGUGGACCUGGACCAUUUCUACUUAGCUGGAUCUUUCUCGCUCGAAGCGGCUCUGAACCUCCCGCGACGGCCACCCUUACACUGCUCCUCUCUGAUUCUUCUCCUCUGUGGCUCCCUGCAUCUGCUCGUCGGGGCCUGCCGACUGGGGCCCCUUUGGCGCCCCCUGCCUUGGCUGCUGUUCAUCUCCCUGGCGUCCCACCACAUUAGGGACGGGACGCGGCGGGGGCUCUGGGUGUGGCCCUUGGGGGACACGCCACCCCUCCCGUACUGGCUGUAUGUGGCGAUCACAGCAACGUUGCCCCAACUCUGCUCAGUCCUUAUGGGCGUCCUGGGGACCAGAGAAGCUGAUUCCAGGAGACACAAGGCAGCCUUAGAUGUGUGAAUUUAACAUGCAGCCUCCUACAUUGAUUAACCGAUUAAAUGAACCUUCAUUAGCA